AUGGAUGACAUGGUAAUAGGCCGAGUACCCAGUUCGGCGGAUUCAUCGAAAUUCUCUUGGAAGACAAAUUCCUUCUUUUCAGCAGGUUGCGGUUUAACUUCAUAUUCUUCAAGAAUGGAGUUGACCGAGUCAGAGUCGUACUCGUGGCUGCCCUCAGAAGAGUCGGCAAAGUCCUCGACUCGAACAGGGUCUUUUUUUUGUAUAAUUUGCGGCAAUGCUUCAUUGGAACUUCGAAGCUCCAGCGACACCGAAGGACGAGAGUUUCGGUUUCUCAUGAAGUUACUGAAGCCGCUGGUUAUUGACCUUGCUGGAGACUUACUGGGGAACAAUUCAGAAGCCGUGGCAUGCUCAGGCUCGAACGGAUGUUCUGGUGCUUCAGAUAUGCUUUCAAUGGAAGGAUUUGAAUCGCGGUUGCGAAAAAUCUGCUUGAUGCGUUUUGACGGCGACACAAAUUCUGCCAGUAGUUCUGGUUUGGUAGGGCUGUUGGACAUAGCUAAGGGCCAUCUGGCGAUAGUGGUAAAGAAAGUUUGA